AUCACCCUCGGCCCUGCAUAUAAACGCACAACCCUGGCUGGCCCCUUCUUGAUUGUGACGACCCACGAGAGACGAGAGAGAUACUGCUACAGACUCGCGCGCGUGUCUUUCUUCUCUCUAUCCUAGCGAUCGACACGAAGCUUUCGAGAUGUCGAGCGUCGCCGGAGGCGUGGUUGGGACGACGGCCGUGUUUUCGGGGGCCGGCGGCGGCGCGCCUCUUCACGUUCUCGCGGUGGACGAUAGCUCCGUCGACCGCGCCGUCAUCUCCGGCAUCCUUCGCAGCUCUCGGUUCCGUGUGACGGCCGUGGAUAGCGGGAAGAGGGCCCUGGAGCUGCUAGGAUCGGAGCCCAACGUGAGCAUGAUAAUUACGGACUACUGGAUGCCGGAGAUGACGGGAUACGAGCUCCUAAAGAAGGUCAAGGAGUCAUCCACGCUGAAGCAGAUCCCCGUGGUGAUCAUGUCCUCGGAGAACGUGCCGACAAGGAUCAGCAGAUGCUUGGAGGAAGGCGCAGAGGAUUUCCUGAUGAAGCCCGUCCGGCCGUCGGACGUGUCGCGGGUGUUCAACCGGGUGCUCCCAUGAUAAGAGGCGGCGGCGGCGGCGUUGGUGGGGCUGCGGUGAAACCAUUCGUUCACGCGUGCUUCCUUUUUGGCCACCUUGUGUCAUGUUUAAACAGACAAGAUCUCGAGUGAACUGCAAACAGUAGGUGUUCUUCGUUUUUGGUUUUAGUGUCUUUCAGCCGGUCCAAAAGCAGUAGUAGUUCUCAAGCAAUUUGUUGGGUGGUGUGGCCUGUUACUUAUUACAUUCCAAAAUAGAUGACACAACUUUAUAUUAAUUUUAUAUUAAAAUUGGUAUAAAGUUGAGACAUCUAUUUUAGAACGGAGAAUUUUUUUUUCAAUUAAGAUUACUUUACUUGUUUGGUUUUGGUUA